AUGGAAUCAGCUUCUUCAGAACAACUCUCAAAAGAAGAAUAUAAGAGAUAUACAAGACAGAUGAUCAUCCCAGGAGUCUCCCUUGAAGGUCAACUUAAACUAAAGAAUGCUAAGGUCUUGAUAGUUGGGGCUGGAGGUCUAGGGUCACCUGCAGCUCUGUAUCUCUCAGGGGCUGGGAUUGGAACAAUAGGUCUGGUCGAUGGAGAUCAUGUAGAUUCUUCAAAUCUUCACAGACAAGUCAUUCAUAACAAUAAAAGAGUGGGAAUAAACAAAACUGUUUCAGCCAAAGAAACCAUCAGUGACUUUAAUGAGUUUGUCAAAGUUAUAACAGUGGAAGAGCAUCUAACAAAAGAUAAUGCUGAAGAUUUAGUUAAAGACUAUGAUAUUAUUAUGGAUGGUUUAGACAAUCCAAAGGCGAGAUAUAUUCUCAAUGAUGCUUGUGUUCUACAUGGAAAGCCAAUGGUAUCAGGAAGUGCUUUGAAAUGGGAAGGAAUGGUCUCAGUCUACAACUAUAAAGACUCUUCUUGUUACAGAUGUGUUUACCCCACUCCUACACCAGCAAAGCUUGUUACAAACUGCGCAGAUGGAGGUGUGAUUGGAAUGAUUCCUGGUAUCAUUGGCCAACUUGAAGCAUUAGAGAUAGUGAAACUUAUUCUUGGAGAAGAAGGAGUGCUCACAAAUAAAAUGCUCUUUUUCAAUGGAAAGACAUCAACCUUUAAAAAGUUCACUCUGAGAGGAAAGCAAGUAGAUUGCCCAGUAUGUGGAGAAAAUCCUUCAAUCAGAGUAGUUGCUGAUUAUGAUUAUGAUGCUUUAUGCCCAGCUCCUGCUUGCAGUUUAGUUGACUCAGUCAAACUUCCAAAGGAAAACGAUGUAGCCAUAUGUACUUUCCAAAAAGACAAAACAGAAAAUUCUGACAAGGUAGCAGUAAUAGAUGUCCGCCCUGAUGUUCAGUUUAACAUUGUCAACAUUCCUGGAUCAGUCAAUAUCCCUCUCGAUGAUAUCCAAAAGGGAUCAAAGAAGGAUGAAAUAGAAGAAAUAUUUAAAACUCAUGAAAAGGUCUAUAUCAUGUGUAGAAGAGGAAAUGCUUCAAGGAAAGCUACUAAGCAUCUUCUUGAACAAGGAUAUGAAUCUGCUAUCAAUGUGAGAGGUGGAAUUACCCAAUACGUCGAAGAGAUUGACAACGAGAUGCCAAUGUACUAA